AUCCUUACUGAAUAAACGUAUUAAUUUCUUACAGAACAUACAUUUUACUGACACCAAACUCUUAAACACUAGUGUAGUAAUGGUGGUCUACCUGAUUCCAAACCCCUUCUGUUCACUUCUAGAUGUAUAACUUCACUAAUUUUGCCAUGACGUUGAAUGAGCUGGAGCCUGGCACGGAAGGAGUGCUGGCACCAACAGACUGCCGCCUGCGGCCUGACAUCAGAGCCAUGGAGAACGGCAACAUGGAUGAAGCCAGCAGAGAAAAGGAGAGACUGGAAGAGAAGCAGAGAGCAGCUCGUAAAGAGCUGGCCAAAGAUGGUGAAGAGUGGUCGACUAGGUGGUUUCAGUUAGGCACAAAUCCAUAUACAGGAUCACAGGACUGGCUGUACACUGGCGGCUACUUUGAUAGGAAAUACACAGACUGUCCUGAUAUCUACUGAUGAGGAGGUGCAAGUUCAAAGAGGUUUUGUCACCUUCCUCCCUCUCUCUCUCUCUCUCCCCGGCUACAACAACCCUCUACACGAUGCACCAUCAACAACGAUAGCGCUUAUGCUCACAUUAAACUGAGCUGCCUCCAUCUUCAGCACUUGUGUUUAUGAUUGUUUUUGUCCUUUGGAAGCGUCUUCUCUCACUUCCCAUCAACCCUGUAGGUUUUAUCAAUGGAGGAAAGCAUCGAAACCGCAGUAGGAGAACCAAUUUGCCUUUUUCUGCCUUUGAACGUACAAACCCCUCAUCAGAGAUCCAGUUUGUUUGCCGUCAGCAAUGCUGCAGCUCAAUAUAGAUGUAGUUAUAUCACCAAUAAAAUGUGACUCUGAAGUGCUUUGGCCGUUUUCCAUGUACAGUAGGUGUUUAACAUAUGAAAACUAAUUCCAGAUGUUUUGAGUUUGGCAAACACUGAGCCACCUCUGAUCCUGCUGUAUGUAGAGCGUGAAGGUGAUGAAGCAUUAAAUGAACUAACAGCAGUAAUAAUGUUUAGAGAAUGAUGAUGAAUGUUAAUAAUGAACUUUGGGUUCGUGAAGGUGUGUGUGUGUGCGCGCUUGUGGCAAUUAAUGUAAAAAGCCAUAGAUUUUAUUUUAAUUGGUACAAUAUUUUGCCUUUUGGAUUUUCAGAUUCAGAUUAAAUUUAUGUGAAAUAGCCUCAUCACGUGUUCGUUAUGGUGAAGCGUUUUUCUUCUUUCCUUUCACUUGGUUGUUUCCACAGAGACUCAUGGGGUGUAAAAUAGGCUGAUUGUACCAACAUUCAAUAAGGCUUUGUUGACAUACUGUAAAUGUACAUAUUCAUAUUUCACAGUUUUUCCUAAUGUAUUGGUGUCACACUAAAUUGUUCCUCAAGCACUAUCAAUUGAAUUUGUUUUAUGAAAACUAGGGUGUCAUGGGUUAUUUUAUUCAUUAGCAUUUGCAUCUGUUAUCACUGUUCUCAAAUAUAGACGUGUACGCUGUGUAUUUGAGAAACUAGCGAAAUCUAUGCAACCUAUCAAACCCCACAUAAUAAUGAACGUACAGAAUGGCAGCUUAUGGAAGUGUACAUAUAACAUGAAUCUUAUUUGAGAGAAUGUUUGCUGCCUGUAGAUGCCAUGAAAAGUAUUUUACACCUUUUCACGUACGCAUUCAGACCAUAAAAGCGAUUCUUUUCAUGUAGAGACGAUCUGAAGCGUGCAGGUCAAAUGAGCGGGUUUGAAGCACAACGAUGCAACCAUUGUUGCUCUUCUCAAGUACAUAAACGUGUUUUAUUUCCCACAGUGCCUGACUUUCAAUGCACCUGUGAGUCACUCACUAGUACUUCAUCUUGAGCUGUUUGUUCCCCGUUUAAGGGUGAUUCAUUUGAAUAUGUUCGACGUUUUAUUUGAUUUUCUAACCACCUUUCCCCUCGUCUAAACGUAAACAGGAAUGUCUAAAUAUAGUCCGUGUCUGUUAGAUACACGACAUUCAGUACACUACUUGUUUUGCAUCCUGUAUUGUAUCUGUUCCUUCAUUAAAUGUACAUGUGAUUAUUUGAAAACUAGCGUUCUAAAACGAAUAUUCCACAAUUAAACUAUAGAUUUUGUUUUUA